AUGGAUCCUUAUGAACAAAUCAAUCUCCCCGAUAAUGAAAAUGUUGAAGUAAACCCCGAUGAUUUACAUUUAUCCAAUUCACCACCUCCAAUUGACUUUUAUGGUGUACUAAAUAUUUCAAAAGAGUCCACUGAAGAAGAAAUUAAGGAUUCAUAUAAACGUUUAUGCAGAAUAUUUCACCCUGAUAAACACGUUGAUCCGGAAAUUUUAACGGAUCCUACUAAAAGAACUAUUUACGAUAUGUUCGGUGAAGAAGGCUUAAACACUUCAUGGGAAAUUGGGACGCGUUAUAAAACUCCUCAAGAGCUAAGAGAAGAAUUUGAAAGUCAAAAUAGAAUGAAAAGAGAAUUGGAAGUGGAAAACUUGGUUAAAUCAAAGGGUGAUUUCCAAUUGAGUAUAGACGCUACUGAAAUAUUUGAUCCAUACGACAGAGGAUCUGGUCGUAAAGUUCGUAAACCCGAUUUAAGUCUAAAAAGUGCUUACGAAAAUACGGAAAUUACGCAACUUUUUAUGAAGCAUUCAUUCGAGACUCAAUUUCAACCAGAAACACGUGCAUCAAUUGUUGGUCAGACUAUUUUACGUAAUGGAGUUGGCGGUGGUAACAUUGUUGGGAGCUUGCGUCACACAUUUUCACCAAAAUUUUGGGCUGAAUUUGAUGAAAAAGCUGGACGAAAUCGUCGUAUUAGCUUUUUAUCAGUCACAUCACAUUCUCAUACCAUCUAUUCACCACCGAGUUUGUUCUUUACUGGUGGUAGAAGGCUUGGAACACACAUAUCAGGUUAUCUCACUUACAAGACUGGUGCAUGGAGUUUAGGUCCUUGGGGACGACAAGGUUCGUUUUCACGACGUGAUAAGUCAGCUGUGGCUAUUGGUCUUAAUAGUACCAAAGAAAAAUCAGGAUAUGCGUUUGAAAUACAGACCGGUUUAGUAGAAUCACAUAUUACUGCAAACUAUAAUCGGAAAUUACUUUCCAAUUAUCAUGUUAAGGGAGCGACCACUUUAUCAACUUCCAGUGGCCUUACAACUACUAUUCUUGGUGAACGUAAAGUCACGGAUAAUACGAAAGUCGCACUUGCAAUAGAAUUCGGAAUUCCCAGUGGGAUCUUAUUUAGAUGCAGGUUAUCUCGUUUAGGACAAAGAAUUACUAUACCAAUUCAAAUUUCUUCGGAAUUUAAUCUUAAACUUAUAUUAUGGGGAACAUUAUUGCCCGUUAUGACGAUAGCAGUUGUUGAACAAGCAAUAUUGGUACCGCGACGCAAGAAGAAAGCUUCAGAAAAAUUGGCUCGAUUACGAGAACGUCAUGCAGAAUAUAUUUCUAAUCGCAAAAGCGAUGCUGAAGAAUCGAUUCAGCUCUUAAAACCUUCCGUGGAACGUAAAAUAGAAGCGGAGAGAGAAAAGGAAAAUGGUCUAAUUAUAUUAGAAGCUUGGUAUGGAAAUCUCUCACGUAUAAAGGAUAUAACAUCAGAAAAUCUGCCAAAAGAAAUACUUGAUGUAAGGAUACCGGUUCAAGCAUUAGUACACGAAUCACAAUUGACCAUUCCUGGAGGUUAUUCUAAGUCAAAUAUCAUGGGUUUUUAUGAUCCGUGUAUGGGCGAACCCAAGCAAUUAAAAAUUAAAUAUCAAUUUCAACGUAAGAUACAUGAAGUCACAGUUGAUGAUUCUCUUCCUGUGGCCUGCCCAUUAAGAUCUCAUAUUGUUUCGAAUAAUUAA